CAGUUCUUUCAGAGCUUCAGCACUAGAUCUAGAUCUAGAUCUAGAUCUAAAUCUAGAUCUAAUAAUUUGGGGUGGAAUCUCGAGUCUUGACAACCCUCUCUGGUCUUCAGGCGGACCACAGGUUGUAAACAAACGUACUGUUGCAAAAAUUGUCUUGGCACACAAUCACUUCCGCACUUUGCACAGCUGUUUUGAAAGUUAGACAACCUACUCUAUGUAAGAAUCCGUUCCUGUGGUUAUGCAAUUUCAAAUUUUUUCACGAUCACUGCCAGAACGAGAAGUUAAGUUUCAAAUCCUACACUGAUUCAAAGCUAAAAAAAAAGAUAGUCACAUGAUUUAGCCUAUAAUGCUUACAUGUACAAAUUCUUUCGUUGCUACGAUAUCCCUGACAGGUUUUUAAGCUGCCACCUUUUGUUUACAGUCGCCACUGCACUGACUGCUAGCUGCUGCCAUUGCCACAAAUCGAUCGGAAAACCCCUUGAGAUUUCUCAAUCACCAGUUAGGCCUAGACUCAUCGACUGCAUGCAGUUGAACAUUUCUGCCCGAAGCUCUUGAGGAAAACACUGUUCAUAAAUAUACAGCAAGCAUGUAAAGAUUGUUUUUACGAGAACCUCUGCAAAUGGCAUCGUCAGUGAAGUAUUCUCGUUUGCCGAUGGGAGACGGUGAAGACAGUUUGACCUUCGACUAUUCUUCGGCAUUUUCCUUUGAGGAGAAGGGCGAGAGCAGCUGGAAGUACCGGUCGGCCUUCACAUACGACAACAACAGGGACAAGUCCCAAGACCCGUCCAAUGGAACUUUGGAGCCAUCGAGUGCUGACACUUUUAUCCGAUUCAUGGUGACCUUUGGCUUUUACGUGGUCUACCUGUUGACCUUUCCCCUCAUGGUCUGGUUCAGUUUCAAGAAAAUACCGACCAACCAAAGGCUUGUUGUGUUCAGGCUUGGCAGGUUGCACAAGUCUAAAGGACCAGGUUUGGUGUUUGUCUUCCCGAUCCUGGACCGAUAUCACAAAGUGGAUGUCUUUCUCAAAGCUUUCAGUGUACCGCCAAAACAGGUGAUCACGGAGGAUGGGGGCAUCAUCGAGGUCGGGGCAGAGAUCCACUUCCAGGUGAUGGACGCCGAGAAGUCUGUGACCAACGUGCAGAAUCUAGACCGGUCCACGCGCAUUUUGGUGCAGACCUCGCUCUGCAACAUCCUAGUGCAGAAAUCUCUGUCCGAGAUAGAGGCAGAGAGGAGGUCCAUCGCAGAUGUACUGAUGGUCAACAGUAACAAGGUGUGUGUGAACUGGGGCGUUGAGAUUUCCAGAGUUGAGCUCUCCCAGAUCAAAGUUCUGAGCGAGCCUCAGGCCAAGAAGAAGCCGACUCUAAUGAUGCCCCCUGGAAUGCCUGGGUUGUUCGGCGGCACGGCAGGGGGAGCAACUCCGUGACGGCUUUAUCGGCCUGGGCUUGGAUCCUUCGGGGGAUCCAGCAGCAACCUUGACCUUAACCUUUGCCGACCUCCAGGCGAUGUUGGCGGGCAGGCUGCAGCCCUUCCAGGCAUACAUGAGCGGUCGUCUCAGGGUAUCUGGCGACGUCUCGGCGGCUCUAAAGCUGGAUGAGCUCGGCAAGAGGAUGAGGUCACAGAGCGGGGUCGUCAACAUUCUUUGAACUUUGAUGACCUCAGGUCUGAGAGAAUGAAGUUGCAGGAUGAAUGGGAUAACCAAGACAACCCUGAACUUUGACCUCUAGCAAGAAAAUGAGGUUGCAGAGUGGGAUCGUCAAGAUACUUUGAACUUUGACCUUUGGCAAAAAAAUGAGGUUGCAGAUUGGGGUCAUCAAGGCGCUCUGAUUUUUGACUUACCGCAAGAGAACGAAAUCGCAAAACGGUCUCAUCAAAAUGCUCUGACCUUUCACCUGUAAUCCGAUUAGUGACGGGUAGGGCACUGUCCUUCAUGUUGUUGUGUGAAGGAGAAGAGUCUGGGUGCACCACUUUGAUACUGAGAGCAUUCAUGAUUUUUAGUGCUGUCUUCUUCGAGUGGUGAUAUGAGAUACUGUACUUUUUCAUCCUUGUGUCGCUCACUGUCAAGCAAUAUCGUGGUGUGUAGGCUUCUCCUGGUUCUCUUAGCGUUAUGAGAAGUCAGGCCCCUUUCAUACACUUCAACCAGACGCCAUCCGCCGUGGACAGUGGGACGUCGUACAUUGAAAUAAACACUACACUGUCGUAAGCAAACAAAAUCCCUUUUUUUCAUUUUGGCGCCAACAUUUUGUAUUUGCCAAAUCAAAAUCCUGAUUAGUUACUCUACUUGUGUGAAAAAGUCAAAGUGAAACUGUGUCUAGUUUUUAAAUAAAUUUGAAUCCUAAUUUCAAAAGAA